AGUGAAUCAAAACAAGAGCACCGAUGUAAACAGUAAAGUGAAAAUAUGUAUUAAAAUGUUACGAAAAGAAGCAAAAGAUAUUAUAAACUUAGUUAGAAAUGAUAAAAUAACACGUUCCAUUGCCAUAUUUGUGUUCUUGUUGACGAUUUUAAUUGCUAUAUCCUUUAGCUUAAUCUCUGGCUUACUAAUAUUGAGUAGCUACAUAUUUGGCUUCAUAUUGUGUGCCUCUUUACUCAAGUAUCAAAAAAGUGCAUCCAUAUGUUUACAGAGAUUUGUCAGUAUUUAUCGAGGCCACUUCUCUCCAUACAAGAAAACCAAAGAUAAAAUUUGCUCAAUUUGCACUGAAAAUGGAUGUUCCAGGCACUUGCAUAACUCUAACAGUCCUUGGAAGCAGUUGAUUAUAAACAAAAGACUUAAUGAUGCUGUUGAACAUUUUUUUAAUAGGAUACUAGAUCAAUUUGUGCUUUCUUGGUACACAAUUUACACAAAUGAUUUAACAUUUGUUAGUGAAAUAAAAUACUCUAUCAAGUAUGCAUCAGCUUCAAUAGUGACAAAGUUUCUUGAGUUGGACAUUGGGAAAAUCAUUACUAACAAAUUGAUUCCAUGUGCCAUUAAACAUGUUGAUGAUCAUCUGUGUAUGGUUCAGAUUGGUGAGCUCAAGAAUGUUGAAAUGAAUAAAAUUGCUGUGGAAUAUUUGGGAAAGAGGCUUCAUUUUGCAGCAAGCAAUAGAAAUAAUGAACUGACUUAUUUAAGACAUUUAUCCAUGGCUUUAAUAGAGAGAAUCUUGCCAAGUGAUAACUUAAAAUCCAAAAACUAUUCAAUUCUGUUAAGGGAGAUUAUUUCUGGUUGGGUUUUCUUACCAAUGAUGGAUGUCUUAGCAGAUCCUAAUAUUAUUAACUCAUUGGUGAUUUUAAUUACCACAUACAAGUCAAAACCUGGUGAUGCUUCUAUAGGGACUGUAGAAGAUGUAGAAUUUUUGGAAAACUUCUCUAAAAUGCAACUCAGCAAUUCCUCGCUGGGUACUGAUUUGAAAACGAUUUUAAAAAAUCCCACUCAACUAUACGCUUUUAUGCAAUUUUUGAAAAAGGAGGGUUCAGUAAAUAUAUUAAACUUCUGCAUGGACGUUGAGGCCUUCAAUGGAAAACUGCUGAUGCCUGAUUUAUCUAAAAAACAGUUACAGGAUUUGCAUGCUGAAGCGCUGAAGAUCUAUAAUGUUUACAUGGAUCAUAAGAGUAUAGAUUUCAUAGGCUGUGAUAAUGGUAUUUGCUCAAGCUUAAAUAAGCUAUUAGAAGAUGGGGUGUACAACGUGGCUAAGCUGCAAACAUCGGAGCCAUUGUUUCAGGCAUACGAUUUUGCAUUUAACUUAUUAGAAACUGAAUGGAUGCCUCAGUUUUACCAUAGCAAUGAGUUUUACAAUAUCAUUUGCGGGUCGAAGGCGACGAGUGGGUACUCAAAAAGUUCGAUCAAGAGCCCAUUUAUAAUACACGGAUCACCCGUAAAAAUAAGGAAUAAAAAAUAUUACGACUCUAAUAAUCAAGGAGCAGUGUCCAAAAUUAGUAGCAGUUUCGGUAAGAUUAAAGGUGCUUUACAAGCGAAGCAACCAGUCGAGGGGGCGGUUUAUCCGCACGAAUCACGGAUCCUCGAAUCUGAUCACACUUAUAUUGAAGAGAGCGAAAUGUACACGCCUAAUCGCGAUUUAACAGCUUGGAGGAUAUCCAUUCCGAACAUUGAAACUCAUCAAUACGGUACGAAACCUAUGGCCAUGUUUGCUAUACAUGUGCAGCGAAUAGAUGCAAUUUCUGAUCACGAAAUCAGGCAUUGGAUUGUGCAUAGGAAAGACCAGGACUUUUACACGUUGAAAUCUAAAUUAAUUGAAUUCCAUGGUGAAACGGAGAUUUGCAAUUCACCUUUGCCAUCAAGAAGGAAUUAUUUUAGGAAUAUUUUACCAAUGGAAAUAAGAAAGAGAACGUACGAGGAUUUCUUGAAAAAGUUACUGGAGAAGCCUUUGCUGAAAGGUAGCGAUUUACUUCAUACAUUUCUCACAGCGAAAACGGAUUUCUCUGUAUCCAUUAGUGCAUCGAUGCCGGUAGUCGAUUUAGAAAAUAUUUACCAGUCCGUAGCGUAUAAACUGAGGAAGGAGAAGGGCCAGCAUCUGGAUCCGUUCAUGGUGACCUUCCUGAACUCAACGGGUCGCCAAAAGAAUAACAAAAUCGAAUGGGCCGAAGUUGGAGACGAAGUUGAUCCGCUCUCGGGAAAAGACUCCAACCCGUAUCCGAAAACGAUGGUAAAUAAAAUAUUCGGCGACAAUUUCGGUGUGGAGUACAAGAGGGAAACGGAAAGCAGUUCGAGUUCAAUAAAUCCCAACGGCAUUACGGAAUCGCUGUUCUAUUUAUUAAAGCACAUCUUCAAGGUUCACACGGCCAUAUUGAAGCUGUACGUGGCGGUUUGCAGCGUCGGUCAACAGGCUAUAGAAUCGAUGAGUCGUAUAUUCAUCGAUCGCAAGAUCAAAUCGGCUUUACCCCAAAGUACUCUUGCCUUUUUAAUCAAAGAGUUAGAAGAUGUGAUUUUUGCCAAACACAUUCCGUCCACUGCGGAGCAGCUGCUCGAACGGAAGAAGCGAGCUUUUACUGAAUUGGAUCAAGCCGUUCCGGGACUUUUAGGGAAGGAUUUUCGAAAGGGCGUUCUUUUGCUAUUGGAGAUCCUCCAAAAUCCCUCGUAUAAUAAACAAUUAGUUUAUAAUUUAAUAGACAUUGUCGUGGCGGAGAUGUAUCCAGAGUUGGACUGCUCCGAUGACUUUUAAAGUACUAUUUCGUUCACUAUUUUGUAUAAUUUAUUUCAAUAUAAGUAUUUAUUUUAGAAUG